CCUUCCCCUUUUACAUCUCAGAAUUCAGAAACGCUGAAACCGGAGUACUUUUUCUAGGGCUCAAUUCAAAAAUUUUCCUCCAGAUUUUCCGGGAAAAUAAAAAUAUGGACGGAAAUCUUGAAAUCUCCUUGGAUAAACUUCCCAUUAAGCGCCUCGAAUCUAUAGAAGAAAACGGCGUCGAACGAUACCCUUCAGAUUCGAGCUACGAUGAGAAGCGAGUGUCGCUUAUACGGAGAAUAGACUUCGCGUGGGCGUUGGAGGAUGACGAAGAAAGGGAGAGGAAGAAGAGGCAGAAGAAGAGCUCCAAAGAUGCCUCCGCUACGUGGCAGUGGCAGAGCAUGGUUGAGAAUCUCCAGUUGGCUCACCAGGAGCUCUCCGUCAUCAUCGACCUUAUCAACACUGUGGACGCUAAUGAUGCUGUAACAGUUGCUGGCAUGACCAGGCCUAAGCCAUUACCUAAUGAGGUCCUGUCUGAUCUUGCUGUAUCUGCUGCAACUAAGCUACAAUGUUACCGGCAAUUGGGCAAAUACUUCAAACAGUCUGCCAAAGCUUUGGAAGAGCAGAUUGCUAGGGAAGCAAGAUUUUAUGGUGCUCUAAUAAGAUUGCAGCAAAAUUGGAAGGUUAAACGACAACGGCUGGCUGCUGCGGCAUCUAGUAGUGAAGGUUUCAUUAUUGAUCUUUUUGAUAAUUCAUUAUAUGAUUCAGCAGCAAUGUGUCGCCCAUCUUCUCUUUCUACCAUUCGUGUUGACCAUGAUUCAGCUGGAAUGCUUGCUAUAAACUUACCUCCAAAUUCAUGUCGGUCUCUUCAUUUUGGUUUUCUUGGUGUGCAUUCUGCUGAUAUCCCAAAAGAAUUGGGUAAGAUCAGGACCCGUGGCUCAGUUGAGCAGUGCACAAGAGAGCGUGAGAAAGAAUCAAUGAGUGAUGAUGAGUAUAUCAAAGAAACACAUACUCUCCUUCGAGAAGUUCAUCAAUCAAUCUUUGAUGAUCAGGUGUUUGAGAUGUUGAAUCGUGAAGCAUUCAACCAAUCUAUUGGUGUGAAUGUAACUGGAAUACGAGAAAAUUAUUUACAAUUAAGCAUAGGUCAAGGAAACACUCUUUUCAUAUCACUUGUGCCAUCUGGCAAGGGUGAUGAUCAGGACGCUGCCAAUACCCAGGAUUCAGAAUCUGCAAUUGUGCCUUUAGACUCAUUUGAUAAUGUGAAAUUAGAAGGAAAACAUGGUACUUCUAAAAGGAAAUGGGGUUUCCCUAAUCGUACCAGUUGCGAAAUUUAUCUGCAGCAAAUUGUUCAUGAACAUGCAUUUGUUAAGGCAAAGGAUAAACCAAAUUUAUCUGGUACUCGUGUAUCUGGUCAAUCAGGAAAGGAUGGACCUGGUCUUCUUGGUCAUUUCUGUCUGUCUCUGGCUCAUAGAAUCUUUUCGAACAGAGUUCUCGUGGAGCUGGAAAAUGUGGUUUGCAGGGUCCCAUAUCUCCAUUUGAUGACCCAUCCUACUUGGCAUUCUCAGACAUCUUCUUGGACAAUCUUCUUGAAAGUUCCUCAGUCCAUUCUUCAUGCAGAAUCUCAAUCCCUGAAAUCAGACUUCCAGAACAUGAAGGAUGCUGUAAAAUCACAAUUUCGUACCAAGGUGGUGGUCAAUGAUGACCGUAUUAAUGUUGAAGGGGACGGUGCUCCUAAUGUUGUUAGCCUGUUCAAAAGAAGUUCUGAAAACAUAUCUUCUGUAAACAAAUAUGAAUGUGACUUGGCCGAUCUUCCUGUUAUAAUAUUGCUGCAGGCUGCGAGCCAAGUGAUUUGCUGGCUUCAUGAGGAAGCUCUUAUGGUGGGAAUAAAAACAAAUCGUGAUUUCUUGUGCUUGACUUUUGAACUAGAACAGGGGGAUACUGUUAGUCUGGUGGCCCAUGUGAACCCAGAGGACAUCAAAGGCGGCAUCGCUUGGUGGUUAGUGAUGGAAGAUGGUUCCCCAGAUGAUUGGAAACUUCAAAUGGACAUGUAUGAUGGUGCAUCUGAGUAUAGGAAGUUUUUGGGGCAUUUAACUUUGGAUGUAUUAUACUCCACCUUGAUGGACUUGGUUAGCUUGUGUGGUGGAGGCCGAAACCACUGAGCCUGUUAAGUUCCAUCCCGUUCAAGUGGUUCUUGUACGAUCUAGUCAACAUGUCGAAUUUGCUUCCUAUGGUGCCCCUCACUAAUAGAUGAUUUGAAUGUUACUAACUGCAUGGAUCGGGUGUAAAUGGGCAUUUGGGAUUAAUGAUGGUUGUUGAUUUUAGUGACAAUGAAUCCGAGUGUUUAGUGAUAUCCUUUUCAGUUAUCUUCAUUAGAAAA